GGCCUGCAGCCGUACCAUCCGCUGGCGCUUGCUGAAGGCUGGGAUCCCGAGCUUGUCGACAAGGGUGUUCGCAAGGAUGCAAUCGAGCUUCUUCGAGCAGGCUAUAACGUAUAUGACAUCGGAGCAGGGCCGGAGAUUCAAAUCGUGGUGAUUGCCCCAAAGAUGCGAGGAAAGGGCGUCCAGUGGCACAUCACUGGUAUGGGAUUGGGAAUAAGAGCAUCAACCAAUCCUGUCGUUAUACAUCGACUUGAAGGUAGAAAAAUGGACCAAUGUGUUUUGAGAUGCUCGUAG